UCGGCAAUCUCCGGCGGGUCUCGGUUUGGUCGCUAACGGUCGAUGUGUUUAAAUCCUCGGAGCUCCUUCGGGCCCUGAAACUGAGCAAAAGGCGAAAGAGGGGUUGCGGAACGGGGGAAGCGAGUUAAAGGCAGAGAGAAGGAGCUUGAUCGCGUAAUGACGGUGCUACAAGAACCUGUGCAGGCAGCUGUUUGGCAUGCACUAAACCAGUAUGCCUACCGAGAUGCUGUCUUUCUGGCAGAGAGACUCUAUGCUGAAGUGCAUUCUGAAGAGGCUCUCUUCUUAUUGGCCACAUGUUACUACCGGUCUGGCAAGGCCUACAAGGCUUAUCGCCUUCUUAAAGGGCAUAGCUGCACUACCCCGCAGUGCAAAUACCUUCUCGCAAAGUGCUGUGUGGACCUGAGCAGACUUGCAGAGGGGGAACAAAUAUUAACUGGGGGAGUCCUGAAUAAACAGAAGAGCCAUGAUGAUAUUGUCACAGAGUUUGGAGAUUCUGCUUGCUUUACCCUCUCUUUACUGGGACAGAUUUACUGCAAAACAGAUCGUUUGGCCAAAGGUUCAGAAUGCUACCAAAAGAGUCUAAGUUUAAAUCCUUUCCUGUGGUCUCCUUUUGAAUCCCUGUGUCAAAUUGGUGAAAAGCCAGACCCUGAUCAAAUGUUUAAACUGACAUCCCUUCAGAAUUUUAGUAGUUGCCAGCAAAACUGUCCCACUUACAACUCCACUCACACUGUACCCCAUAGACAGGUUGACACAGUUCUGAUGGAAACACCGCAGGAUACUUUAGAACUAAAUAGACUGAAUCUAGAAUCUUCAAAUUCCAAGUACACGUCUUUAAGUACAGAUUCUACAGCUCCCUAUAUUGAUUCUUCAGUGAUUUCUCCUGACUCUGUGCCACUUGGGACUAGUAGCUCUUUAAUAUCCAAACAACCACAGAACAAACCAAAAAGUGGACGGAGUUUAUUAGGUGGACCUGCAGCUCUGAGCCCACUAACACCCAGCUUUGGGAUUUUACCACUUGAGCCGAGUCCGGGAGAUGCCUCCUACUUACAAAACUUCACAAAUACGAGUUCUGUAAUGGACCCACCCACUGGCGGGCCGCCAAAGAAGUCUGUGGCCCGAAUUAGCCAAGCCAGUACAAAAUCUGUGUUCGCACAGAGUGGGAACAGCAGGGAGGUUAUCCCAAUACCUUUUAACCAGACGCAGAGUUCAGCCCCACAAACGAGUACAACACCGCAAGUGCUGAGUCCAACCAUUGCUGCUCCUCCAAAUGUGCAGCCAAGGAGGAGCACCAGACUGUUUACCAGUGCCAGCUCUACUGCCAAGGAGAACAGUAAAAAGUUGAAAAUGAAGUUCCCCACCAAAAUCCCAAAUCGAAAAACAAAGACAAAAACAAGUAAAGGGGGGAUAACGUCAUCAAACUUGAACGAAAGUAUAGACAUUCUUAAGUUAGACUCUUCUCUCAUUUCGGAGGGGAAAGGCAAUGCAGUUACACCUCAGUUACAAGCCUUCACUAUCCAAAAAGCUGCUGCAGAUGGUUUGAUGAACCUCAUGCGUGAAAUGGGAAAAGGUUACUUAGCACUUUGUUCCUACAACUGCAAAGAAGCAAUCAACAUCCUGAGUCAGCUGCCCUCCCACCAUUAUAACACGGGCUGGGUGCUCAGUCAGAUCGGGAGAGCACACUUUGAGCUGGCGGAGUACAUGCAGGCGGAGCGGAUAUUCUCUGAAGUACGGCGCAUAGAAAGCUACAGAGUAGAGGGAAUGGAGAUUUAUUCUACAACACUUUGGCAUCUUCAGAAGGACGUGGCUCUGUCCGCCCUAUCUAAAGAUCUCACAGACAUGGACAAAAACUCUCCAGAGGCCUGGUGCGUCGCCGGCAACUGCUUCAGUUUGCAGAGGGAGCAUGACAUCGCAAUCAAAUUCUUCCAGAGGGCAAUCCAGGUGGAUCCCAGCUUUGCAUAUGCCUACACACUACUGGGGCACGAGUUUGUACUCACGGAGGAACUGGAAAAGGCCUUGGCUUGCUUCAGAAAUGCCAUCCGUGUGAAUUCAAGGCAUUAUAAUGCAUGGUAUGGCUUGGGAAUGAUUUAUUACAAACAGGAAAAAUUCAGCCUGGCGGAAAUUCACUUCAAAAAAGCCCUCAGUAUCAACCCACAGAGUUCUGUUCUGCUGUGCCACAUUGGUGUGGUGCAGCAUGCACUAAAGAAGUCAGACCAUGCAUUAGAAACUCUAAACAAAGCCAUUAAUAUAGACCCCAAAAAUCCACUAUGCAAGUUCCACAGGGCUUCAAUUCUUUUUGCGAAUGAAAAAUACAAGGCUGCUUUGCAAGAACUUGAAGAACUGAAACAAAUUGUGCCCAAAGAGUCUCUUGUUUACUUUUUGAUAGGAAAGGUGUAUAAGAAACUGGGUCAGACACAUUUAGCUCUGAUGAAUUUUUCUUGGGCCAUGGACUUGGAUCCCAAAGGGGCAAACAAUCAAAUCAAAGAGGCCAUUGAUAAACGUUACCUGCCCGAUGAUGAGGAACCGGUUCCAGAAGAUUUUCCUUACGAUUCAGCCGAGGCUGAAGAGUCGCAGGAAAGCAGUAUGACAGACGCAGAUGACACACAGCUGCACACAGCGGAGAGCGACGAGGUCUUUUAACUCUAAGAAUGCCAAUCUGGAGUCAGCCGCUUGAUUUCAGUUGUGAAAAACAAACUGCUGCUAAUACAGUACCUCCUUACCUUUCUGCCAUCUGCUUCCCUCCCCCCUUUUGCCUUAGUGUUCAUUGACCUCAUCAUGCAGCUAAAACCCAUUCUGUUUUCACCCUGAAAACAAGUACCAUUUCAUGAAAAAGGCUCAAAACUCCAUCUGAUGAGAAAGGAUACACCUUUGGACUUCCAUGUAAGCGUUGUACCUUCCAAGGCAGCAUUAUGGUAUAGGAAGUGCAACUUUGCACCCUACUGUUUGGAACCUUGCCCUCAUAAAUUGAAAGCCAUUAACUAAACAUUUUAGUUGUCGUAUUUCUGCUUUUUAUUACUAUUAUUACAUAUGUUAAUAUCAUGAUAAGAUGUAUCUAAAAUAGGAACCCAAGAUAGUGAGUAUUCUCUUGAAUGGCAAUUAUGGUAUUUUAAAUGGGUUCAGAUUGUUGGUCUGGAGGUCGGUAUCGUGGUGCAGGUUUUCUGUUGCUGCAACAGAGGGGGGUAAUUGAAGCUGAACCAUCGUAGCUUGUAGUGGCAUCACUGUGGCUCCAGGGUGUAAGGAUGGCAUGAGUAAGGAGAGAUAAACUGACUGGUGAAGCAAGCCCUGCAUUUGAGUGGCUUAAAUGACAGCACGUUUUUUAAAGAAAUAACAGAUCAAUUCUGAAGUAUUUCCCAACCUCCCUUUUCUAAAAAUUGAUAUGCCAGCAAGGGCUAGUAAAUUAGCUGGGGCAAAUGCUAUCCAUUUGAAAGGCUUCAACAGUCUUGCCAUUUUUAACCACCAUUUCCAUCCAUGGGACACUUGUCUUUUUUUAUAACUGUUUAAUCAGAGGCACUUGAAUUAACUGUCAUCCAAAAUAUUUCAGUCACUAGUUCCCGUUUGCUUUUAAUGUUGUCAAUAGUAUCCUUUUUUGUAUGUGAUAGCCCAGUUGUUAGUUAACAUUGUAUGCUUGUGUUGUGUACAAACGUUUUCUUGUCGAGAUGAAAUUUUGUUGGAAAAGCCAGUGUUUAAUUGUAUCACUGAGGUAUUUUUAAAAUCACAAUCACAGUAUAGUAAGAAAAAGUAAUUGAAAAAUUGUUCCAGAAACGUGUCAUUUAAAUGUACAUUUCUCUAUGCUAACCUUCAUGCCUGCUGAAUGAUACCUGCAUAUGCAGCGUCCCAUACAUUUAGAAGUGAGUCUGAAAUCUAAGAUGAGUUAAAGUACGUAUUUGCUGUAACUGUUACAAAAACAUUGGGAAGUUUGAUGGGGAAAGGUAGAGUCACAUAAGUUCUAGUUUUUACAUGUCGGAGUCCUAAUUCCAUUGACUUUGCCAAAGUUGGCUGGAGACCCACUGGGAUUGUUCAUUGGUCAUCUUGUUUUGAGGUGUGGCGAGUCAUGCUAAGCAGACGCCCAGUCUGUGCAGACCGCAGACCUCCAGAUGCUAAUGCUCAAGAGGUUCUGUGAAGAGAUUUGGAAGAAGUGCUGCAUGUUAAUAUGGGAAGAAUAUUGCUUUCAUGUUUUUCUGUUUGCUUGUGUAAGAUGAAGUGGGCAUUUAUAAUGCGAUAAAGUAAUGUAAGAACUAGCAUUCAGCACACUUAAGACACUUAAACUUUAUUAUGAAUUAAAUAUGCCAAACCUUCAAGUAAUCCUUGUUAUACAUAUUUUUUUAUAGAAGACAGGUUUGAAAUAUUACUAUUACUAAUGACUAGUGUGAAAAAGGAUACUAUUACAGCUUUCAUUAUUCCUUUAUGUUAAUACAAUUGUCCAUCUCUUGCUUCAAGCCGUUCCAAAAUUGUGCUGCUGUUUUUUUUGUUUUAAAUCAGACAUGAAUUCUUCUUUUAAAAAAAACAGUAUUUAAACUGCAUUUUUCAGGUCAAUGUCAGGCAUAAGUGACUGGAAUAUGGUGGACGUGUAUGGCGAUGGAGUCUGCUUCUAAGAAAAUACUUGUUUUAAAUUGAAUUCCGCAGAAUGAGUUUUGCAUACAACGUUUUGUUUUUGCAUUUUACAAGUGUAACUGGUGUCUUUUUUCUUAUUUUGGAAUUGUACAGUCUUAGGGAAACAAAAGUCUUUCUGUUAAUAUAUAUUUGCAAUUCAUUUUAAGGAUGUGAAAAAAUACAGAAUAAACUACUUUGAACAAAG